UUAUCAGAGGUCUUGUUUAUUUACUUGAGAGUAUUUGAAAAAACGAUAAAAUGUUCGUGUUAAAAAUAAGGCAGUGGGAACCAGUCCUUUCUCAUCAUUUUUGUUUGAAUGUCAAGCAAUGUCAUAAAUUGUUGUUGACGACAUUUUCUGCUUACAAGGUGCUUAUUAAAAAUUAAGAAUUUAUUGCUAUUUAUUUUAGUUAUGGUUAGUACAGUCCCGAAAGGGAUUAUUGGUGUUGGUGUUAUCUAAAGUUUCAACAUCCUUAGUGAUUUCUCAAAGUACUUUUGAUGAAAGACAAGUGAUAAGUUUGAAAGAAAACGGUGAACACAAAGAUGUAACAAACCAGAACAGAGAAGAGUUUAUCAAACUUUAUGUAGACCUAUCUACUCAAUUCAUGCAUUCAACCGCAAUUUUACGCAUUCUCACGUGAUUUUCAUAAGGACGUUCAGACCCUGGUUCAGACGUUCAGACGCACGGUCAUUGCAAACAGACAAAGUACGUCAUUCAAGAGCAAUGUUUUGAUUGGUGCUGAGUGAAAUUAUCGAUUAUUCCACGGCAUUUGACGAAGACGAGCCCCGGCCAUUUUUGGAACAAUUCACGAUCAUUAUUAUCACGACGUCCAAAUCUCUAAGAAGAAAGACGGCAAUAUGGCGGAUCAGCAACAUCAUUUGCCCGGAGUUGGAGAGGUUGAGGUCGAAGUGGAAACGAUGAUCGAGCCUCAGCAAGAAAUCCAAAUCGAAACGCAGCCGAUGAUAGCUCUACAGCCACUUGCAGAACCUGAACGGGAAGAAGUUGUUGUGCAAACGUGCGAAGAAGUCAUUGACGAUUCGAGAGAACAUGAAAUACUUGAUUCUACACCGACACGCAACAAACGCAAGGGAAGACCAGGAAGAUACAAAGGAAAGAAACUACAAGGUACGCGGGCACGUGGGGUAAAAAAGGAAGAUGACGAUGGUGAUUUUGACCAGAAAUAUACGCGAAAAUGGGAGCAGAGGCGAGUACAUAAAACGCUCGAAGGCGAGUUUUCCGUGGUGAUGUGGGCGUCCGAGGACAAGAAUAACGAUAUUGAACGAGAGGACGAGCAGCCAGACUUCUCCGAGUACAUGACAGGCAAGAAACUGCCACCGGAAGGCUUUCCUGGCAUCGAUCUUAACGAUCCAAAGCAACUAGCCGCGUUUGCAAGAAUGAGACCAAAGAAAUCUAAAGAUGAUAAUGCACCUAGAACGAUAGCUUGUCCUCACAAGGGCUGCACAAAGAUGUUUCGUGAUAAUUCUGCAAUGAGAAAACAUUUACAUACACAUGGACCUCGUGUUCAUGUUUGUGCAGAAUGUGGCAAGGCAUUUGUUGAAAGCUCUAAACUAAAGCGACAUCAACUUGUUCAUACUGGUGAAAAGCCCUUCAUGUGUACUUUCGAAGGCUGUGGAAAGCGAUUCUCACUGGAUUUCAAUUUGCGUACACAUGUUCGUAUCCAUACGGGAGAUCGACCGUACGUCUGUCCCUUUGAUUCGUGUAACAAGAGAUUUGCCCAGUCAACAAAUCUUAAAUCUCACAUCCUGACGCACGCAAAGGGUAACAAGCAACAGCAACAACAGCAGCAACAACAGGCGUUGGCGCAACAACAGGCUCUACAACAGAUUCAGGCAGAACAAUUCGCCCACUCUGAAGAACAACCCACGUCGCUAGAGCAAAUCUAGUGGUGACGAGAUGUCAUGCUUAUUCGUGUAAGUUAUCCUGUAAUAUGAGCAAGGAACGUUUAUUCACGGUGUUUUGUUGUGAGGGCCACAAAAACCAUUUACUGCUGCACUUGAAUAUGGCUUUAUUUAUCAUCAAUACGUCCAGGCAUCUUUGGUCAUGAUAGAUCAGUGGACUCACGUUUUCUGUAAAUCUUAAAAAGAUUCUCGUGAUUAACCUAACAAGAACUAUAGUCUUGAUGAGGGGGUGGGCUCAUUUGUCCCAGGAACAUUCUCGUAUUGUCUGCAACGUAUCUUUUGUUAGAUAGAAGGCUUGAUAGUUUAUAUAAAGCGCGUUGUCUUUGAUGCAGAAGCAUGGAAAGCUGCAGGCGUUAUAGCUCGGCUGGGUUGUACAAAAUUUUACUCACAGCUAGAUCGAUGAUUUGUCAUAAAAGAUCUCGCGCGAAGCAUCAUGGAAGUUUAUGAACAAAUUCGUCUAACAGGUAAAAAUAUGAUGACCAAACAGGGGAAUGGGGUGGAAUAGGUAUGAUAUCAACUUGUCGUGCGUUAUUUACAAACUGAAAUGCUUUUUUGGAAUCUCCGAGAGCAUAAACCAAACCUUUCUUUUCGUUUUGGAAUGAAAAAUGACCCAAAAACGUACGUUGUCUGCUUGUCCUCUUCGCUUUUAAUCAAACGUAUUAUUGCUGUAUACUGUUCACAAGAUACAGAAUAUAUCGUGGAAAAUCGCGAUUUCGCCCUAUGUAAGAGAACCCGUUGUAAUGUUGGACACCAAAUUCCAUAGCUAGAAUUUUGCUGGAUUUCGGAUUUCAAAAAAUGGAUUCUGAAUUUUUUACUCGUUAAUUUUGUAUUGUGAACCUUGAAUUUUGAUACAUUACGGAUUCCUUUACAUAGGGAGAACAAUCAAUAAAUCUCAGCAUAUUGUAAACUAGGUCGUCUUCAUCAUGUGGUCAGUUGGACAUAGGGACUGCAAAAGAACGUUCACAAGCGCUAUCAUCGUGUUUUUCCAUUAACACAAUGAUGUUAUUAACAUGAUCCAUCAAUUUUUGUCACAAGGUAGAUUUAAGUGAAAGUUGAUAUCUGUUUACUUUUAUGCUUUAUACCCCCACCUUGGCGAAACUAAUCUAUUCUGAUUGUUCAUAUUUGUCGUUCACUUAUCAUCCGUAAACAAUGAAGUGCGUUUUUAUGGAAGUUUGUUGUUCUUCCUUACUUCCUAAAGUUUUAUGAAACUAUCAUUGUGUUUUUGGAAGCCUUGGCUUUAUACCAGCUUUUUCAACGUGCUUUCAAAAAAAGAUUUUAUUGUAGCGGAUUGUGUUUCAUAGUAUUUAUUGACUGUUAGUUUUCAAAGCAGCCAAUUUAAUGUACAUAUCUGUUUCUAGUGAGGACAUUAAAAUAACUUUAUAACGAA